AUGGCUACCGGAGAGGAUAAACCGGUGAUGGUCAUCGGAAUCGACGAAAGCGAACAGAGCUAUUACGCAUUGGAGUGGACUCUCGAUCGUUUCUUCGCUCCUUACGCUCCCAAUUAUCCCUUCAAGCUCUUCAUCGUCCACGCCAAACCUAACGCCGUCUCCGCCGUUGGUCUCGCCGGUCCCGGAACUGCGGAGGUUAUACCUUAUGUUGAUGCCGAUUUGAAGCAAACCGCUGCUAGGGUUGUCGAGAAAGCCAGAGCACUUUGUCAAAGCAAAUCGGUUCAUGACACGACCAUCGAAGUUUUCGAAGGAGAUGCAAGAAACAUUCUGUGUGAAGUUGUAGAUAAACACCAUGCUUCUGUUCUUGUUGUUGGUAGCCAUGGAUAUGGAGCUAUCAAGAGGGCGGUUCUCGGGAGCGUGAGCGACUACUGCUCCCAUCACGCUCAUUGCUCGGUGAUGAUCGUCAAGAAGCCUAAGAUCAAGGCCUGA